AUGAACGCAGAUUUCGCCGACGCCGAAGGUUCUUUCAUGAUCGAAGAAGAGGAUCUCUCUAUGAUCAAAGAUCGCUCCAAGGUCGAAGCACUCUCCAAACCCAAAGAUUUCCGCAUGAGAGCAGAUUAUCAGUCCGACCCCGAAGAUUACUCCGAUAUCGAAGAGCUUGUUUUCCGAGGGCCUCAGACACGCCUCUACUGGAACUUGGAGGACUACCCAAUCCCUGCAAAUGCCAAUCUUGUUGAUAUUCGUCGUAAAAUCAAAUUGGCUUUUCACCGACUGGGCCUUCAUGGUUUUCUGAUUAUCCACACGUAUGGUGGCAAACUGACCUACACCGAACUUGAGUUGUACAACGCCCAUAUCAUAGACACACCGUCACCGCCACCUAAAGGGUGGUCGAUUGCUGGACAAAUUUGUGUGGACAUUCUUAGCUUCGGACACUUUUGGGAAACCCGUACAUCAGUUUAUGUGGUACUCGCAAGACAAGACCCAGCAUCUGAGUUGAAUAGGGUUCUUGAGCGCAUGCAGUCGAGCUAUCAGCAAACUGUUCUCACUAUAGAGCCACACGAUGGUCUUUUUGACUCUGCAGACUCAGUACUUGAGCGUACACUGUUUGUAGGUGGAGGAAAGACUAGGCCAAAAACUUAUUUUUCUAAGCGUAUCAAACCCGUCAAUGUGCUUGAGGCAGGCGUGUUCUGGGACGCGAGGGAUUGUCCAUUCCCCGUUAGUUGGAGUGCAGAUAGCAUCUAUUUGAGAAUCAAAUCAGCUUUGACUAGAAAGCAUGGGGUAAGUGAUAACAUGGCCAUUUGGGCUUAUGUUGAUGAGAAGAAAGAGUCUUUCGUUCAGAAGUCGGAACGAAUCGACUUCAUUCCAGCAGUGGAUAGUCCCGCCGCUAGACAUGGGAGAAUGUUAAAUGACAUUCUCUUUUGGUUAAUCCAACAUCCGCGUCACGCACAUUUGAUCGUAGCAGGUAAAAUCAACACGGAGAUGUAUAAUGUCAUUGGAACUUUGCUGGAGAGAGGUUGCUGUAGUUUAAUACUAAGGCCGGCGAAUGACACUGUCCCAGAAUUCCGUGAUUGGCCAGCAUACCUAUUGGAUCAAGGAGUAUACGGUUUUGGUUGCGAUGACGAUCACGAAAGCGGAAGCGGAAGCGAAAGCCCAAAACAUAAAAAGCCUAAAGCCGGAGAUUGA